AUGAGCGGCUCGGGAAAACUUCCUGCUAUUGCGUCGGACGCUGUCCUUAAACAAUCGGUGCCUGUGCCUGACGACUUUGAAAAGGUCAGAGGCAUGGACUACUCUCAAGACUACGCCUACAACUCCAAGGCUACAGACUUGAUCGCCUCCAUGAAGACCAUGGGUUUCCAGGCGCUGUCGGUGGCUUCUGCUUGUGACAUUAUCAACGAGAUGGAUAGCUGGAGAGGAAAGCUCAAGGACGAGUUGCCUGAGCACGAACGUGGGGGUGAAUUCGACAGUGAGAACCGUCAGAAGGCCACCAUCUUCAUGGGCUUCACUUCCAACUUGAUCUCCUCGGGUCUCAGAGAUACUUUGAGAUACUUGGUCCAGCACAAGAAGGUAUCUGCCAUUGUGGCCUCUGCUGGUGGUAUCGAGGAGGAUUUGAUUAAGUGCUUGGCUCCUACAUACCUUGGUGAUUUUGCCUUGCCAGGCAAGACCUUGAGAGACCAGGGCCUCAACAGAAUUGGCAACUUGCUUGUGCCAAACGACAACUACUGUAAGUUCGAGGAGUGGAUUGUGCCUGUCUUGGACAAGAUGUUGGAGGAGCAGGAGGAGGAGAUGGCCAAGUUGGGCAAGGAGGGCUUGAAUGCUGAUUCUGCCGCCAUUUGGACUCCAUCCAAAUUGAUUGACCGUCUCGGAAAAGAGAUAAACGACGAACUGUCGGUGUUGUACUGGGCUCAUAAAAACAAAAUCCCUAUUUUCUGUCCAGCCAUCACGGAUGGUUCCAUUGGUGACAUGUUAUUCUUCCACACCUUCAAAGCCAGCCCGCAGCAGUUCCGUUUGGACAUUGUCGCUGAUAUCAGAAAAAUCAACUCCAUGUCCAUGGAAGCUUCCAGAGCCGGUAUGCUUAUUUUAGGUGGUGGCUUGGUCAAGCACCAUAUUUGCAAUGCCUGUCUCAUGAGAAACGGAGCCGACUGGGCUGUUUACAUCAACACCGGUCAGGAAUUCGAUGGUUCUGAUGCAGGUGCCAGACCUGACGAAGCUAUCAGUUGGGGUAAGAUCAAGGCCGAUGCCAAGCUGGUGAAGGUCUAUGCUGAUGUCACUGUGGUGUGGCCUUUGAUUGUGGCGGCCACUUUCGCUGCUAAAAGACCGGAGUAG